CUACUCUUGGUUGGCUUGCUUUUGGCUCGACAAGGUGAAUUUAGUGUUUUGUCUCCGGCUAGAUCUCUGAUCUAUGUUGGGUUUUGGUGUCUCUGCCUUUUUGUGCGGGGUUUGGGUGAUUUUUUUCAGUCGGCGGUGCUUUGUGGAUGCAGUUUUUGAGCUGUUGUCUUGAUGAUGGCUUGACCUUUGGGUCACUCUCGUUGCUAUUCUUCUUCCUGUAUGGUCUGCUUGUGUGUUUUGACUUUUUUUUUUUUUAUUCAGUUUGUAUUAUAUUAUUUCUUAAUUUAUUUAUUAUUGCAGGUAUUUAUAAAUGUGUUUGUAGAUGGCAUAUGACAUGGCGGAAAGACAUAAGAGCCACCUCAUUGAUUACCUUUUCAAAGUUUUCACUUUUCUUUUGACACCUACAAAGCCAGCCCAAAUACAUGCACCACUUACUUCAUGUCGUACAUGUAUAUUAGAAAUACAGCUCAUAUUUGCUUCAUAUGAGAUAAGUCUGGUCUGACUAUCCUUGGACUUUUUGGACCAUGUUAUAGCUGGACUCCACCAUAUAUGUUCAUAACAUAAUAACAAUGAGGUUUGAAAAUCCUUGAACUCUUGGCACCAUUAGGUGGACUCCAUCAUAUAUAAUAUAAUAAUAAUUGAGAAAGAAAUAAAGGCUGAUACAAGAUUUACAUAAAUAUAUAUAUAUACAAACUUCUAAAAAAAAAUAAAAAAUUUCUCCUUGUAUAGAGACGAGCAUAAACUAUUGCUGUUGCAUAUAUAUGUUCUUAGAGGUCUGCUAGCCGGUCUUCACAUGAGUUCAUAAAACUAUUUAAGAGAUAGAGAAAAGCUUGGUACCGAUCUCUAGAGAGAGAAUAUGGCUAAUUUGUAUCUCAAACAGGCGAAGCUGUAUUCAAAGAGUCGACCAGGUUACCCACAAGCACUCUUCCAAUUCAUAGCGUCAAAGACACCCAAACACGACCUUGCGUGGGAUGUCGGCACCGGCAGCGGCCAGGCCGCAAAAUCUUUAGCUGGGAUAUACAAGAAUGUGAUAGGCACAGACACCAGCCAAAAGCAACUGGACUUUGCAACCAAACUCCCCAAUGUCCGAUACCAAUAUACCCCUCCCAACAUGUCCAUAGCCGAGCUCGAACACUGCGUGGCAGCGCGAGCAAGCGUUGACGUUGUGACCGUAGCUCAAGCCUUGCAUUGGUUUCACCUCCCCACAUUCUACAAACAAGUGAACACAGUACUCAAAAAGCCCCAUGGAGUGAUUGCAGCUUGGACCUACACUGUCCCCGAAGUCAAUGACACUAUUGACUCAAUUUUUCGACGACUUUACUUUGAUGAAUCAAGACCCUAUUGUACUCCUGGCCGUGAAUUGAUCGCGGACAAGUACAGGAGCAUCGACUUUCCAUUUGAGCCGGUGGACGGAGCUGAUCACACGGGGCCAUUUGAAUUCAAGACAGAAAGAUUGAUGGAUUUAGAGGAAUAUCUUGCAUACAAGAAAUCAGGGUCAGCAUAUCAGACGGCAUUGGAGAAGGGUGUCGAGCUCCUCAAGGAUGAUGUGAUCGACGAAUUUAAGCGUGCUUGGUGCGAAGAUGGCAAUGACCGGAAGGUUGUUAAGUUUCCUGUUUAUCUAAGGAUCGGAAAAGUGGGCAAUUUGGGUGAGGAGGGUAGCUAAUUCAUAUAAUUCACAUUGAAUGUUCAUACUGAUUCAGAGCACACCAUGGAUUGCGUAUGAAAGAAAA